GUUAUGCUUCAUGUUUGUCACCGAAGCCUUCAGCAGCUAACAGAAAAUGUUACUCUUUCUUGGUCAGAACUUUUUAAUUGCAAUAUUGCAGAAAUAGAAAAUAAGCUUAAUGACUUGCUCAGCCCAUCUCGUGAGAACUUAGAGAAUGAGAUUGUAGAUGAGGAGAAACAGCAGGAAAUCUAUGAUCAUGAAGAAGAGAUACGAUUUGAUUGGAUGUUCUUAUCAGAAAUGGGCCAAAAUGUAAUAUUUGAUAAUUCUUCUGACUUAGGCUUAUGUAAUAUUGAUCGAAAUUUCAACUGGACUGAUGAUGUUAGACAACAUUAUCCAGAUUUUAACCUUGAUAAUACCACUACUUUCAUACAAUAA